AUCUUACUUUAUAAUACUUUUAAUGAUGAACUUGCUGGAGAGUACCUUCGUACGGUUUACGAGCAUUGCCCGAAUAUUAAAUCAUUAUCCUUGGGGGUCAUUUCUGAAUUUGCUACGGAAUUUGAAAAUUUAUUGAUGAAAUGUUAUCGGCUUCGAAAGAUUUUCAUUCAAGGGUUAACUAUUGCAAACAUAUUCGUAAGUACCGAUUUAUCAUUAUUAUUUGAUAUAUUGGUUGAAAUCGCUCCAGAUUCCUUACAUGAAAUUAGUAUUGUGUAUCGGAAUAACGUUUCGAAGGAUGAUUUGGAAGCCUUUUUCGAAAAUUGGAGAGGUCGGGAACCGAUCAUUUUAAAUUUCUAUGUAGAACCUUGUCACAAAUUGAAUUUUGAGAAAUUAAUUAGUGUAUUUGAAAAAUAUGAGGAGGAGGGUGUGCUAAAGCGUUAUGAUGCUUUGGAGGAUUAUGGUGAUUUUAUAGAAUUGCUUCAGAAUUAG